GUUAUUCUUUAUGAAGGUGCGAGGCAGGCUGUCUCCAAUACCAAGGGAGGCCAGGCUGCCCUAAGCACCUCAAGGUGUUCAAUGGGCCCCACUGCCCUACAACAAGAAGAAGCAGAGGGUCAGUUCCUGCUUCCCUCAAGGUUGUACGUCAGUAGCCUGCAGGAAAGUUUGCCUGAACCAGGCACCUGGCUCUCAAGGCUGGCUGGAAGAACCAGGCGAUGACAGCCACCCCGAAGAAGAGGAAGAAGGCCACAAUCCAUUAUCUGAAGGAAGAGCAGCUCACAAGAUUAAUGAAACAGGCCUGAAAGAAGGUUGAGAAGAAAACUGACAAAUAGACAAAGGUCCUCAAGACUCUCAGACUCUGGUCUGAGUCUAAUAAAGACUGUUCAUUAAGACUGUUCAUUAAAAAAAAAAAUCCAUAAUUUACACAUAUUAUUUUUAUGAUUAGAUGAUGAAAUGCUAUUUUGUACAUUAAUAAAUUUAACUUGGGGCAUGCCUUGCUGGCUCAGUUGGUAGAGCAUGCAACUCUUGAUCUUGGGGUUCUAAGUUUGAGCCCCGUGUUGAAUGUAGAGAUUACUUUAAAAAAAUCUUUAAAAAAAUUUAAUUUUUAAGACUACGACUGUAACAUGCAGGGUCCUCUGAAAAGCAGGGUUCAGGAUGGGGACUCCUCUUACUACAAUUAAAGAGUAUCCUGACUUGGAGACAUUUCCUAGGGAAGUGACAGCAUGAAGGCUUAGGGCUGGGAAUAGGCAGAAUUUUCCUUUUAGCUUCAUUUUAAUGUAUGCCUUUCUUUUGUAUGUCCAUGACAAAUCAGACACCUCCAUUCCCCAGCAAAUUUCUUUUUUAAAAAAAUAUUCAUUUGUUAAUUUAUUUAGAGAGAGAGAGCAUGGGAGCAGGGGAGGAGCAGAGAGAGAGAAUCCCGAGCAGGCUCCAUGCUGUCAGCACAAUGCCCGAUGCAGAACUUGAUCUCAGGAACCGUGAGACUGUGACCUGAGCUGAUAUCAAGAGUUGGACACUUAACUGACAAGCCACCCAGACGCCCAGCAAAUUUAUUCAUGUGUAGAUUUUUUUAGACAAAAGCCCUUUUCUAUCUUGUGUUCCCUCUUGGGACCCCAUUUUCACCUGUUGAAAACAUACCUGUCUUUUAGGGUCUUGCUUGAAGGCCUUCUUAAUGAUACCUUUCCUAAUCUUGGAGACCAGAAGCCCCUUUUUUGAGGCCCCCAUAGGUCUUUGUUGCAGCCAGACAAAUGCUUCUUGAAAACUAGGUUGGUGUAUAUGCCUUCCAGUCCUUCCUACCUCUUUGCAGAGGCUACAAAUAUAGUGUGUGGUUUAAGGAGACUAUGGAUUCUCCUUGCCUAGUACCUCCCACCCUAGAGAGGUCCUGGGAGCCAGCCUAAGGUGACUUCAGCCUCAUUAUUCUUCGGGGAAGUGGAGAGUUGGUUUCCAGAAAGCCAAUGUUUAUUUAUUUUUGAGAGAUAGAGAGAUGGAGCGUGAGCGGGAAAUGGGCAGAGAGAAAGAGGGAGAAACAGAAUCCAAAGUAGGUUCCAGGCUCUGAGCUGUUAGCAUGGAGCCCAAUGCAGGACUCCAACCCAGGAACCACGAGAUCAUGACCUGAGCCAAAGUUGGAUGCUCAACCCACUGAGCCACCCAAGCGCCCCAGAAGUCAUCACAUUCUAAAAGACCAGAGGAUCUUUCUACCCCUUUACCAGAGGGUACACACAAUGGACUGCAUCUGAAAAGGUAAAGUGUGAUGGGUGUGCAUUUAAGGUUGUAUACCUGAGUUAUACAAAAUUUGAGUGUAUUACAAGGAUCUACUAUCAGCACCUGGGGGGAAAGAGCCACUUGAUUCUACACUAGUCAGACUAUUCUCAGAGUAUUGUGUUCAGCUUUGGAUAUAAAUAACUCCUUGAGUAGAUACAGUUUAAAGCAACAACAACAACAACAACAGGGGCACCUGGCUGGCUCCCUCAGUAGAACAUGCGACUCUUGAUCUCAGAGAGAUCAAUCUUGUGAGUUGAAGCCCCACGUUGAGCGUGGAGCCUACUUAAAUGUAAAAAUAAAAAUCAAUCAAUCAAUCAAACGAAACCAAAAGGAGUUACUUAAGGUUACUUCAGGGUUUUGGAAUAAACUCUCCACACUCACAGAUAAUUUUUAUAUCAAAUUAUUCUUUCUCAUCAUGGUAGCUACUUCUUAAACUCGAUUUGCCAAUGAUAAGAGAAUGAUAAGAGAUUCAAAGCCACACCCUCGAAUAUCAUAUGGAAAGGGAGGCGAGCUCAAAUGAGUUAGGAUUCAUGGAAAUGCAUGUUCACUAAAUUGAGAAGAGAGUGAUUCAGAAUAGCCAGUAUGCUCAUAAGCUAUUAUCACACCUGCUGUUUUUGUGACUUGCACCCUCUUUCCUGCUGAUAAAAUAUUUCUCUGUAUUUCCAUCAGGAACCACUCACUCCUCUCCAGCUCGGUCUUUGGGAUUUGGAUGUGGUUGACCCCACACUCAGGGUGAGCCCCGGUGGCUCCAGGCUAACUAUUGGCCCUAUUAUCCGGUAAGAUGGCGUGGUUGGUUUAGCUAAGGGUACUUGUCCCCAGCCGUAAACAGGCUCAAGGCUUUUGUGUCACUCUUGGGGAAGAGAAGCUUUCUCUGUCCACUGAGUUUGAAGCUGAGAGGAUUUAAGAACUUCUAUGGCAAGAACCACGUUAUGAUUGUCAGGGAGAAACUGAGGAGCAAGCAGAGCCAAGAGGACAAACUGGAUUCCAGGAGCACUGUUUCAGUUUGGUGAUGACCUUGGGUCAGAUCUGUUUGUGAAUAUUUUAGGUUAUGGGAGCCAAUAAAUUCCAGUUUUGAUUUCAACAUUUUGGAUAAUUUAAAGUCCCUCGAACAAAAAGUCUCUUAAACAGUACACAGCAGGGCUAUGAGGGAGAGGGACCUGGGAAAGAAGAACUUUAACAGCAGCUGGUGAGUUGGUAAGUUAUCCUGUUUGAGCAGGUGCAGUGGGUGCAACUUAGAUGAUAUGUGACAACCUCACAUGACAUGUGAGCAUCUACGAUUCCUGGCCUGUCAGCCCAACAUUGUGGCUGAUAUUGGCAAAUCGAGUUUAAGAAGCUACCAUGAUGAGAAAGAAUAAUUUGAUUUAAAAAUUAUCUGUGAGUGCGCAGGGUUGAUUCCAAAAACCUGCCAGGGAAAAUCAAAGCAUAAGAAAUCUUUUGAACUGGAUAAUACAUGCUUUCUUUUCCAUUACCCACUUUGGCACAGAUUCAAAGUUUCUCACUCAUAUCCAUUUUAAAGCAACUGUGUGAGCAAGUCAGUACAACGCGAGGUGUCUCAGAAUCCUGGAGACAGUUUGGGAGACAGUCACCUGGGGAUAUAUCGUCUAGAAACCACUGAGCCCUUGAAUGAACAGGAAAUUAGACAUGUCGGGAGAUGAGUAAUCUGAAGCUUUUCCACAUUGGCCUGCUCCAAGGAUGUGCAGCUGAGUGUGGAAAUUGACAGUGUUUUGGAGAGCCAGGUAGCUGGGAUUUGGGAAGCCUGAAGCCUAAAGAAGGAGCUGAUGGUGGUGAGCAGCCUGUAUGCAGCAUGUACACAGAUGAGGAGAAUAAAAUGCUUUGAUUUGGUUUAGAUGUCUGUGCCACUUGCCACAAACAUGCUACCUGCAAGCAAACAGAAGGGAUGAAGAUGUGUAUUUGCAAGUAUGGAUUUGUGGGCAAUGGGAGGACUCACUGCGUUGAUAAAAAUGAGUGCCAGUUUGGAGCCACUGUGGUCUGUGGAAACCACACAUCUUGCCACAACACGCUCGGAGGCUUUUAUUGCGUUUGCCUAGAAGGAUAUCGAGCCACGAAUAACAACAAAACAUUCAUUCCCAAUGAUGGCACCUUUUGCACAGACAUAGAUGAGUGUGAGGUUUCCGGCCUGUGCAGACAAGGAGGACGGUGUGUGAACACUUACGGAAGUUUCGAAUGCUACUGUAUGGAUGGGUACCUGGCAAAGAAUGGGCCUGAGCCUUUCCACCCGACCAGAGACGCCACGUCAUGCACAGAAAUAGACUGUGGCACCCCUCCUGAGGUCCCAGAUGGCUAUAUCGUAGGAAAUUAUACUUCUAGGCUUGGCAGCCAGGUUCGUUAUGCUUGCAAAGAAGGAUUUUUCAGUGGCCUGGAAGAUACAGUUUCAAGCUGCACAGCCUUGGGCACAUGGGAGUCCCCAAAAUUAAAUUGCCAAGAGAUCAACUGUGGCCAUCCUCCGGAAGUGCAGCAUGCAGUCCUGGUGGGGAAUCACAGCUCCGGGCUGGGCAGUGUGGCUCAUUACGUCUGUCAAGAGGGCUUUGAAAGCCCUGGAGGAAAGAUCAUUUCCAUUUGCACAGAGAAAGGCACUUGGAGAGAAAGUCCUUUGACAUGCACAGAAAUAAUUGCAGAAGUUAAUGAUGUAUCAGUGUUUAAUAACAGCUGUGUGAGGUGGCAAAUAAACCCAGGAAGAACAGUCUCCAAGAUUAUCUAUGUGAUACACAUAAAAGGACAACGGUUGCACCCUGUGGAAUCAGUUCAUGAGGAGACCGUCAACUUGACCACAGACAGCAGGACCCCUGAAGUGUGCCUAGAUCUGUACCCAGGCACCAACUACACCGUGAGCAUCUUCACCGCCCUGCCCACACGCUCCGUGCCCACCAUCAUUGGGUUCCGGACAGCUGAAGAUGAUCUCUCAGAAGAUGAUGCAACUUUCAAUAUUUCAAUAUUCAGCGAAGCUUGUUUGAAACUGAGCAGGGGCCCUAGGAAAGCUGGAUCAGAACAAACGUACCAAUUUAAAGUUCUGGGUCAGAGGUGGUAUCUGAAUAAUUUUUAUCAUGCCACAUCAUUUAACUUCACAACGAGGGAACAAGCUCCAGUAGUGUGUUUAGACCUGUACCCAGCAGCGGAUUACACAGUGAAUAUCACUCUACUGGGAUCUUCUGAGCAGCACUCAGUGCAAAUAACAAUGACAACUGCACCAGCAGUAAAACAGAUCAUCAGUAACAUUUCAAUAUUUAAUGAAACCUGCUUGAGAUGGAGAAGUACAAAAACAGCUGAUACAGAGGAGAUGUAUUCAUUCCACAUUCAGGGCCAGAGAUGGUAUCAGAAGGAAUUUUCCCAGGAAAUAAUCUUUAAUAUCACUACCAGCAGUCAGGCUCCCGAGAUGUGCUUGGACCUGCAUCCGGGCACCAACUACAGUGUCCACGUCCAGGCUUUGUCUUCUGAACUUCCUGUGGUCCUCUCCCUGACAACCCAGAUAACAGAGCCUCCCCUUCCAGAAGUAGACUUUGUCACAGUGCAUGGAAGGCCUCUACCACGUCUGAGACUGAGGAAAGCCAAGGAGAAAAAUGGACCGAUCAGUUCCUACCAGGUGUUGGUGCUUCCCCUGGCCCUCCAAAGCACUUUUUUUUGUGAUUCUGAAGGGGCUACCUCAUUCUUUAGCAACACCUCUGAUGCCAGUGGAUAUGUGGCUGCGGAACUACUGGCCGAAGAUGUUCCAGAUGAUGCCAUGGAGAUAUCUAUUGGGGACAGGCUGUACUAUGGGAAAUACUAUAAUGCACCUUUGAGAAAAGGGAGUGAUUACUGGAUUAUAUUACGAAUCACAAGUGAAUGGAAUAAGGUGAGAAGAUGCUCCUGUGCAGUUUGGGCUCACGUGAAAGAUUCGUCAUUCAUGCUGCAGCAGAUGGUGGGCGUUGGGCUGGGCUCCGUGGCUGUUGUGAUUAUUCUCGCAUUCCUGUCCUUCUCAGCUGUGUGAUUGCAGACGGGCACUACCUGUGGAGGAUGCACGGUGCUGAGGCAGAUGUUAUGGCUGUUUCUCAGGUGCCUGCCUAGACAGAGGCCCCAUGUGACUUCCACCCAGGUGUGUAUGGGUCUGCAACUUUUUCCAUUCCCAGCUUGGUCCCGUUUCUGGAUUCAGGAUGGUGAAUACCUCUGUGGAAUUCCCCAAAAGGAGGAAACUCAGGAAUUGCUGAUGUCUUCUCUGCUUGCUACACAACCAGUUCUGUGUGUGAACGUGAGACCCUUGAUAUACAAUAUAAUAUUGACCGCAGGCUAAAGAUCAUGUGGGCUGGACCCUUGUCUUCCUCUGAGUGAUACCUGAGAGUCAGCUCUUCUGGACAUUGAAUACAAGAGAGUCUCUGCAUCUUCCUUUAUGGCAUCUCUGAAUUAAUUUGGAAUCCAUCCUUUUACAAUGAGCGAUGAGGGGGACUUAAGUUUGGGCUAGAAUUUGCCUUUAUGAAGGAGAUCAUUCAAAAGGAUAGAGCUCAUUGACAGUAGGCAAACUUGUCAAACAUUUUAGAAGCAACCCUUUUCUUACAAUCGAUCGACAUGCGAAUAGUAUACUAACCCGGCCUGACUCCAGUAAGUUCCCUGCAAUGUGUGUUAGGCAGUGUCGCUUUGAUACAGAUCCAUUGGUUUACAGGUAAUCAAAAGCCACAAGUUUUCAUUCCAAUAAAAAUAUUCUGUUAAUUUAGUCAGUUCUUCUCUUCCACACCAAAGUUUAUAGCAGCCUUGUCUACCUUUUUUAUUACUCUCUGAUAUAAAUGACCUGUGCCUUCCUUUAGUAACAAUGGGUUGAAACGUUAUAAAGCCCGUGGCCAGAAUCCAUGUGUUCAUAGGGAAGGGGGAAGAAUGUGAGUGAUGUGUAAUCUUCCCCUUUACCUACAACCUCAGUAACUAUGACUGUUCCCUUAUCAUGAGCCAUGACACAUUAAAUGCAAGCAGCCGUGGGCCCACCGUCAACUUGCUGAAUUUACAGACGGAAUGUACUAGACUUGGCUUUUAAACUCUGAAUCCGUGUUCUUUAACUGUCUUCUCUAACUGGUGGUGUAAUUCCAAGGCUCAGUAAGAAAUGAAUGGAGAAGACAGAGGCGUGUGGCUUUCCUGAGUAACAAUGGUAUUAUCCCUUUUCUCCCUCUUCUAGGCCUGGAGAAUAAAAAGCAAGGGGGUGGAAACCAGGAGACAGUUAUAUUGUAUAACCUCAGGGCAAGGUGCAUAUGAACGUGGCCCUGGAACUGUGCAGUGUUGCAGUCCUGAGGAAAAGGGACAGUCUUUCUGAUAGGAUGGACUUGUGUGUCCUCUCUCCGUGAGCUUCCUGGGUGUUAGUGAGGGUCAGAUCUGUGUGGUCUGAGCUUGUGUAUUGCAGAUGAGGAAACAAUAGAAACAGUAGAAACAGGUGGAAACUGUCUAUGAAGCUGCCCUGGGAGAUCCAGGUCCAAGUAUAUCCCCUCAAUUAGGAAGAGUCAGAGAGAGGGAAGCAAUAUCCUGACACCUGGAUGUUCAGUAACAGCUGUCAGCCCCUGGCCCUGCCAGCUUAGGCAGUAUUAGGAAUAGUUGUCUUUUGUCCUCUGAGGUACUACCUUGGCCUACAACCGCAGAUGAGUGUUUAGAAACUUUCCUGCUCUCAUCUUAGGUGAUUUAUAGAGUAGAGCUCUCAAAAGACUAAUACAAAUACCUUUCUACUUUUAAUCUUUAUGUGCAGCUAUUCAAACUCAUACUAUUUUCACAGCUCUUGAAUGAAAUUUGGAAUCCUUACAAAUUAUUGUGGUUACUGUAGGGUAGGGUCUCUGAUGAGUAAGGUUUUUCCUAAAGUCUCCUCUAUCCAAAGAGAGAAUCUGAAUUAAUUAUUGUUGUUGUUGUUUUACUGGUUCUGUAAACACCAUAUGUUUCUGUAGCCCCCUUAAUUUCCAGCUCUACAAUUAACUGCCAAAGAAGUUACUGUGGUCCACAUGGGAACUUGGCAAAGUUGUCGUUGAAAGCAAGAAAUCCCACCUGCUCAGUAUCAAAAGUUUCUGGGUAAAAUAACUGACUAAAUAUUAAGUAAAAUGUUCGGUAAACUGUACUUCUGAGUACAUAACACAGUUGCUCAGUAGUAUUACUGAACAGAAGCAGGUGCUGAAGUUUGCAGAAAGGAUGUAUAUCUUUCUGCAGUUCUUUUCGAACAGUUUCCUCAUAAACAUGGCGGCGGGCAGCUUGAGGUCCUCUAAAUUCACCUGGGAGCUUUACCAUAAUACUGUUCUUUUUUUUUUUCCCCCAAGCAGAUUCGUGGUUAAGGUGGGGAGGGCAUCUCAGGAGAGCAAUAGUGGGUCUUCCCGGGAGAAUGCAGGGUCUGUCUGCCCAAGGGCUGCCCAGGCAGCACUUGGAGUCGCUUUGGAGUGCCUCUAAAUAAAGCCAGGUCCAAGCUGAGGAUGGAGGCAGGAUCUCCCCCUAUUGACUGUCAUGGGGAAGCGUGUAGAAGUGAGCACCGAGACCCAGUUGUGAGGUCCCUUCUAGGUUAGGAAUCAAAAUUAGAGGUUGACCAGAUAGGAGCAGAUUGUUCCCUGGCUGAUUUGUGUGUCUGCAUGCCUGAGGUUUUUGUUUAUCUCCACUGGAGUUUUUGUUGAUACACAUUCUUCCAUUCCAUCCUCAUAACAGUCGUGUGUGGUGGGAAGGUUAGGGGUUACCGUUUUUCCCACUUUAGAAUGGAGAAAUGGGUUCAGACAGGUAUGUGGCCUGAGUUGUGGGGCCGAGUCGUCUGAUGCAAGUCUAGUCCUCAUUCCUAGGAUUUGAUUGGCCUUGAGCUCACCUUUGGACAUCCCUUUUGGUUUUGGGGAGAGUCAGGCCUUUGUGUUUCUCUCUCCAUAUAUGUGUUUUAACCAUUGACCUUUCUACUGUAGCCGAUCUUCUUUUAUCUGUCUUUUCAGUAAAAGGUAUCUCCCCCCGAGAUCUCUUCUACAAGGAGCCACAAACCAUCAAAGAGUUGGAGGUUAAUUAGGGGAAAUAGGUAAUAGUUUGUCUCUGACUCAAGACCUGAAACUGUAGCUGGGCACUUAACCCAAGACCAGAGCAAAAGUGAUGAUCUUGCAAUUCCACAUUAGUUUGGGAUCAAGUUAAUACUUAAAGUGAUGUUAAAGGAAGUAAAAAGGUGUUCCCUUUUUAUUGCUGAUCUCACAUUUGGAGUUUCUAAACCUUCUAUUUUUCCAUUCUAUUCAUCUAAGAGAAAACCAAUGUUAGUAGUAGUCAAUCAAUUAGUGCUUUAGGGGCCUUUUGCCUGCAUGACUGUUGUUGCUGAACUGAAGUGCUGCAUUUUGGAGAGGAAAGAGGAUGGGGCUUUCUUUGUGCCUAAUGUGGACAGGUGAUACAUUGAAGCAAAUCAAUUAAAAAAGCAGUGUUCCUAUUGUUUGAGAGAGAGAAGGAGAAUAAAUGAAUCAUUUUGGUGAUGUGUGUGUGUAUGCAUGUGUAUCCAUAUCCAUACAUUUUUUGGUGCAACCCAUUUUUUGGGUUACAAACAUGGGGUCAAACUACAUGUGUAGUUUUGUAAACUGCUUCUUUCAUUUCUGGGCACAUUUUUUAAAUGCAGUCAAUGGUGACCGCAUUAGAAUUUUGUGCCAUAUUUUAUUUAGCCAAUACUCUUUUGUGCAUUAUGUAUUUAGGAUGUUUCCAGAUGUUUACUAUUCUUAUACAAAUUGUAUAAUUGUGUGAAAUUGAAAAUGGUAUAUGUUUUACGUUUACUACAUAUUGUCAGAGGAAUCUCAGCAGAAAGUUUAUACCAGUUUACAAUCUCACUAGCAGAAAGCCUCACCACUGGGCACUGUUGAUAUCUUUCAUCUUGAUUAAUCUGAUGGGUGAAAAAUGAUGUUUCCAUGCUUUAUUUGCAUAUCUUUAUUUUUGCAUGUUGAUUGGUCAUUUGUAAUUCUGUCUGGGUGAAUUGCCUUUUUUCUCGGUACUUGGUUUGUCUUUUAUUGAUAUGAAAAGCUCUUUGUAUCAUAGUAAUUUUUAUUCCUGGCUGUCAUAUAUUUUAUAAACAAAUUUUCUAGUUUAUCAUUCUCCCUUUUGACCCUGAUCGUGUCAUAUCUUGCCACACAAAACCUUAAAAUUUAGGUAGUCAGAUUUAUCCAUUUUUUCCUUAUAUAUUGUAUCUUUGGUGCCAUGCUUGAGGGACCUUCCAAUCUCAAGGUAAUAAAUAUAAUUCAGCAGUUUUAAAAAACAUUUAAAUCUAGGAGCGCCUGGGUGGCUCAGUCGGUUAAGCGGCCGACUUCGGCUCAGGUCAUGAUCUCGCGGUCCGUGAGUUCGAGCCCCGCGUGGGCUCUGGGCUGACGGCUCAGAGCCUGGAGCCUGUUUCCGGUUCUGUGUCUCCCUCUCUCUCUGCCCCUCCCCAGCUCAUGCUCUGUCUCUCUCUGUCUCAAAAAUAAAUAAACAAUAAAAAAAAAAAUAAAAUAAAAACAUUUAAAUCUUUAAUCCAUCUGAAAUUUAUUUUAGUAUACAGAGUGAGGUUCGGGACAGAAGGGAUCUUUUUUUUUUUUUUUUUUUUUUCUUUAAAUUAAGCUGUUAAAUGGUUUUAGCCAGUUGUCCUAUUAAUAUUCAUUGACUUUUUUCCUCUAGUGGUUUGAAUUAUAUACUGAAUUAGAUACCAAAGUCUAUUUCUGAAUGUUCUCCUUUGUUCUGCUGAUCUAUUUCUGUGCCAAUACCACCUGUUCCAACUUUAAAAUAGGAUUUUUAGUACCAAGUAAAAUUAAGUUACCACUCUUUCUGUUAAUUCUCAGAUUAUUCUCAGAUCUUAUUAUAUAUUUAUUCAUGUGUACAUAUUUAUUAUACAUAAACUAAGGAAUUAUUUGGUCAUAUUCCCCCCAAAAUCUUAAUAUUUUUUUUGGUUGGAGUGGGGGGGCAUGUGGUCAAUAAAGAGUGCUCCUAUCUCACAA